AUGCUCGGUGGAUUUGACGCUCAAUCGGAAUAUUAUCCACAAUGGCAUCAACCCUGCAAUUACGUCACCCAACUUCCUUACGGUCCACUCAGUGGUCCCGAUUCGGACAACCAAUCGACCUAUUGGGGGGCGGAUUCUGGUAUCUCAGGUGGUAGCUCGGGUGCGGGAAGUCCGACGGCUUCUACGCCACCUUUGAUAGAAGAAAUCGGUGUUCAAGAUUCCAAUUAUUCUUCUCUUCAACAAUACGUGCAUCCAAGUUCGACGAAUGGUGCUCAACAUUAUUCAACUUUGUUGUAUCCUCAACAGCACCAUCAUCAUCAUCAUCAUAAUCAUCAUCAUCAUCAGCAUCAGCAACAUCAAACGCAACACCAACAACAGCAACAACAACCGCAACAACAACAACAACAACAGCAACACGAUCAACGCAGAGAAGAAGAUUUUACGAUGACCGCCGGAAUUGGUGGAUCAACGGUUUCGUUGAACAACGUCGAACUUGGCGUCGGCGGUGUUGGCGUCGGAUCUCUUCAACAACAUCUUCAAAGGGAAGGCAUACCAAUGGUCAGGCCUAAACGUCGAAAUACGGCCAAUAAAAAGGAAAGAAGACGUACUCAGAGUAUCAACAACGCUUUCGCGGAUUUACGCGAUUGCAUUCCCAACGUACCAGCUGAUACUAAAUUAUCAAAGAUCAAAACUUUGAGGCUUGCUGCUUCCUACAUCGGAUAUUUGAUGGCCGUGUUGGAAAGCGACGAAACCGAAGAACCGCAAACUUUUCGAGCCGAAAUAUUGUCCAAUGCUAGGAGAAACAAAAACGUUCAAUCUAAUCAGAACGAGACGUGUUUGCAAUCAAUUUCGAACGUAACGCAGGAAGAAUCGUCCAAGAGCAAAGGCCGAACGGGAUGGCCCCAACACAUGUGGGCCCUGGAAUUGAAGCAAGAAUCACCGACGAAUCAAAUGCAAUAAUAAAUUAACGAACGAUUUGUUUUU